AAGAGUGUCACUUACUCCUGGUAGAUUGUCGCAUCCGUUCCGACGGUUUUGUGUAUUUAUUGGCCUUCGUUACUGCGACGGUGUUGCAAAAAGUGCAAAUAAACUUUCUUUCCGGUGGAUCUUACAUAUAGGAAACAAUUAAAACAUACGAUCAAACGCUAGUGAAAUUCGUCUGCAAGGAAUUUACUUCCUCCGGCUUCAUAGCGAGGUCCAUCGGCAAGGCACUGCCUAGCGCAAAGAAGUAAAAAUUGUUCAGCUUCAACGUGUUAUACUAAUUUGUUAUACCGUCAAGCGUGUCACCAUAAAAUAAGAACUGCGUGAAAGCAAAACAUGCAAAUAUGGAUCUGUCUAUUUUUGUUGUAAUCAUUGUUGGAACCCUGCUUUCACUGUUAGGACUCCACUUCUUUCUGUUAAAACCUUUAUCUGCGAAGUCAUACGAAGAGAUGGUUAAGGAGAAGCGUGAAAUGCGUGAAAAAAUUCUGGGAGCUGCUAACGAAAGCGGUGGAGGCACAAAGUCAUCUAAGGAGUCUUCCAAUAAGAAAGUUAAAAAGGCUAAUAAAAAACCUCAACAGCAACAACAAAAACAAAAACCAAAAGAAGUUGAGCUGGAUUCUGCGGAAGUAGAGAGCGACUCUAAUUCAUCCGAGAGCCCAAUGGAAGAGGAAAUCAACCCACUGACUUACGCAAAAAAGAAAGCAAAUGCAAGUGUAGAAUAUGCUGAAACCGAAAGAUUUGCAUUGAACGAAGCUCAAGGGAAGAAAAAGGACAAUAAACCAGUACAAGGCAAGAAAAAUAAACCAAAAAGUGGUAUACUGCUUAAUAAAGCUGAGCCUGUUUUAGUUAAGCAAGAGCCUGCUCCGGAAAUCAAUCAUUUUGAAGUGAUUCAUCCGAAGGAUGCCAUAGAAAUAGCUCGUCAACAGAAGGAAGAUGAGUCGAAGAACAAAUCUCAACCAAAAGAACAACGCAAGAACAAAGCUAAGGAACAGCCGAAGUCAUUACCAAAGACCAGUGCAGUAGAAGAGAUUCCAGUUGUCCCAGUUGUUGCUCCCGUUGUAGUAGCUGAAGUUCUCAAGGCAGACAUAAAACAAAAUGUGGCUGUUGUGACUAAUAAAGAAAAAACCAAUAAAAAGAAGAAAAAUGAAAUAAUCACUAAGCAACUAGCUGCAGAGGUACAGGACGCAGCUAAUGUGCAAGCAUUGGUCCAAAUAUUAGCGAAAGCAGACCUCCCACGUAACGAUAUACAGAUCUUGAUUGAUUAUUUGCUUAAUAAGCAGCAAGAUACUUUGACAAAGGAUCCGUCAGAAUGGAACGAUCCGUCCGAUCAGUUGCAAAAAAUCAAAAAGCAGCUACAGGACAAAGACAAUCAGCUGCAAGAAGAACAGAAGGCCGCAGUUGGUUUGCAGGGCAAACUCAAGGAACUCCGUCAGGAGUUGAACAAUGAAAAGGUUCUUCACAGCUCGUUAGUUAAGGGGUAUAACGAGGAAUUGCACGCUAAGCGGUUGGAGUUACAAAAUUUCCAACAGCAGUCUCAAAUUAUAUCGGAUAAAUUAAACGCUGAAAAGCAGUCGCUUUCCCAUCAAUACCAACAAUUGCAUUCCAAAUUUGUGCAACUCUCUAAAGAGCAUGCUGCCGCCCAAGAGAAUAUGGCUUCUUUUCAACAACUGAAUGAAAAUCAACAGAUGUUGCAGCGUGAACUUAUGACUAAGGGUCAGCUGUUGAAUGAAAAGUUGCAAAUCGAGGAGGAAUUGCUCAAGAAAAAUGCUGAAUACGAGAUGUUACUCCGUAACAAAGAUGAUUUGAUUCAGCAACGUGUGCAGGAUAUCAACGCAUACGAGAGUGAGUUGCAACAGCUACGAGUUGUUGCUAGCCAGAAGGAUGAGCUCGUCAAAACUUGCCAGCAGCAAAGCUACGAGAUAGAACAAAUUAAAGCACAAAUGGAUGACCUUCAGGCGAAGCAAAAACAAGCUGCGGCUGCCGUAGCGGCUGCGGCGGCGGUCAAAAAUCAAGUUGAAGAAAACAACAAGGUGGAAAUCCGCAAUCUCCAGAAUGCCUUAGAUUCCAGCAAAACUGAAUUGGUCGUGUGCCGUACCGAACUCGUCGACUAUCGGUCUAAGCUGGCCGAUCAUGAGCAGCAAUUGCAAGAGCUGCGUUGCCGCGAAGAAGAUUUGCAAAAGCAAAUCGAGGAACAAAAGGCCAAAAACAACGAUUUACGCAUGAAGAACUGGAAACUGAUAGAAGCACUUCAAGUAGUUCAAAAUAACAGUACCAAAACAAGCACUAACACAAACCCCGGUAUAAAGGUUGAACAGGCGGUAUCCAGUAAUAAUUCAACAAAUCACGUCAAUGAAUCGCCAGUCGUACCAGUGGACGUGGAUAAAGUUAUUCUAGAAGAACAGGCAAGAACUAAGGAUCUCCUAAUAAAAUUGCUUCCAUCAGAGAUAGUUUCGUCACUGCCAUUGGAUGCAACCAACUUCCAAAGCUGGCUGGAGUCCACUGUCACCUGCAUUCGGGAACAGCAGGAUAACCUUCGAAUUUCAAGCGCUAGCAACAGCAGCAACAACACUAGUAGCACCGAGGUGCAUAUAAACUGCAAUAACAAUAGCAACAAUAGUAGGAGUAGUAAUAAUGCAAACAAUAAUAAUAGUAGUUUUCUCGAGAAAAACGACGCCUACGCCGGAAAGGACGUAGAUGGCAGUAGCAGUAGCAAAAACGGUACAGCUGAAGUUGAUCCAGCCGAUGAGUCGCAAAUUUUGGCGACGAAAAACGAACAGCUGCAAAAAACCGUAGAUCAGUAUAAAAUUAUUAUAGCAGAAACUGAAAACAUGCUAAAAAAUUUAGAAUCGAAGGUAAUCGAACAGGAUAUACACUGGCGAUCAGUGGUGCAAGCAAAGGAGAAAGAAUUAAACCUGCUCAAAUCGGCCGGUGCAAUGCAGUAGUAGUUUGUUGUACUAGAAAUAAUGGUGACAAAUCGAAGAAUGCAAAGGAUGGUAUGGUUGCGUAAGAAUCGCGAGUGCGCGUUGAGUUGACGAGAUGAUGAAGGCGAAACGGUUAGGAUAGACAGUAACUUGGACACCACCAUCGUUUAAGACCACUGUUAUGAGAAUGUAAACAAAGCAUCGUUUAUAGUCUACAUGGAUGACGCAAUAGGAAGUCUGUCGAUGGAAGCAGAGAAUGCAUUUGUCAAGGAACAAAACGGUUCACUAUCAGUGCUAAACCAGUAUAUAAAUUGUGUGCUCUCCAAUACAUACUUAUUUUUUGUGAAAGUAUUUAUCGUUUCACCCUCGAUUGUAUUUUUUAUUCGACGAAAUUAGCGAAGUAGCAAGUAUGAAAUAUAGCAAGCAGGGUAGUCUUGUUAUCCUGAUUUCUCCAGCUCGACUUCCAAUUGCUUGUUUGUCCAAAGCAUUUCAAUCGCUGUUGUUAUGAGAUAUGAGUUGGACUAUGAAAGUAAUUCUGACCCUUAAAGAGAGGUCAUUAUUGGAGGUCGAAUAAUAUAAAUUUUACAUUUUGAUUUAUGUGAGAAUCAAUAUUAUUGUAAAAUCUGUUGUUAUAUGUACGAAUUCGCAUUUUUUGUGCAGUUUAAAACUAUUAUUCAAUGAUUCUUAUUUAAUAAAAUUGCAUUUGCGCCUACAAAAUAUUAGAUUCGAAUGGAAGUAUAUAAUGUGCUAGACUCAGGCACAUAAACUCCUCUCAAGAAAGCACACUAGAAAUAAAUUUGAAGGAAGUUUUUUCAGCGCACAGUCCUAUACCUAGUGAUUUUCAUGUGACGAAUGCAUUUUUUUGGACCGUAUGAUGGAUUAAAAUAUAACAAAAUUUGAGAAGCCAACUCAUCACGUAAAGUCUUGAUUACUAAUUUACGUUAUAUGAAAUUAUCAGUUCCGUUCCUCGUAGAGUUAAACCAUAUAUGCGAUUUAUUUCGACACAUGCUUAGUACUGACUAAUGAAUCGAGAAGGCAAUCUACGCGUAAUUGCAGUUUCCAGUAUAAUUUGAGGAAUGAAUAAAAAUGAGAUCAAAUGUGUCCUGAUAUUUACUUGCUAUAUUUUUAAGUACAUUGUAAGCAAAAUUCUCAACGAAGCAAUCAAACACCACUUAUGUUUUCCCCUUAUCGCAAAAGCAUAAAACGAAUAUCAGAAGUACUACAAAACACUAUCUUAUUAUUAACCCUAAUAUACGUUGUAAGCAAAUCGUUAACCUUAUUUGUGCAUUGUUCUCUAUAUUCUACGAUUACAUUGAGAUUCGCUCUUGCAGUAAAAAUUAAAAUCGGCGUUUCUUAUUUAAUUUCAAGAAAUAAACAUAAAAGUUAAAUGAAAUGUUGAUACUGACACAAAUGCAAACUCACCUAAAAACUUCAACAGUGUAAGCAUCAAUUGCUAUCGAAAAAACCAGAUCUGCUUACCAAGCGCAGUACACGUCAUUGAAAAGACAUGUGAGAAAUAUUUUUAUACAUAAAAUGGAAAAUACAUAUAAAAAAUAAAAUUAGAUAUAUACAUAUAUACUUUUUUCUUCUAGGAGAAAAUAAUAAUUAAUUACAGCGAACGAAACUAAACUAACCGCGCAGAGCUAGGUAUGCAUAGUAACGCGAAAAGCAGGUACAAUGGUUAAAUAAAAGCCUUUCGGUUAAAUUAAAGAGUCGAAUAAUUGGAUCCUGUCAAUGCAUGAAGCCCUGAUUGCAACCAACUAGCACUAUUUGAAAAUGAUCAGGCUGAGAAAAAGCAACUGAGAAUUAAUAAAAUCCAAAUGGAAUAAAUUCUAAU